UUUCCAGUGGGAUUUUGAGCAAGAUCAGCUCUGGCCGCGUACGCAGUGCAGUCGCCCGAACUCGAAUAAAUAAUACAAUAUACCAUCAUCAGACCCUUGCUCAGCAAUGGGUACCGCAUUGUCUGCUAAUAAAAGAGAACAAUACGAAUUUCGAAUUUAAAAACCCGAUUGUGUAAUUUCGACAACGUUCAAAUCUAUUCGAUAACAGUGGAGUGAAUGUGUGUGAAAAGCCUGUUUGAGUUCUGUGCUGUGGGUGAUAAAGGAAUUACUGACAAUGACAACGGAAGUCUUUGGACCAUGGAACAACGACAACGACAACGACGACGACGUGGAGGUGGAGGAGACGGUGGUGGAGGAGUCCAUCACCACCACCACCACCAAGACUUCUCGUGUGCCGACACUCCGAAAGUCGUCGACGACCAAAACGACGACGAUGACGACGCCGGCCAAGUUGUACGGCCGGGAGCUGUCCUCCUACGAUGAGGUGGAUGUGGACGAACUGCUGGCCAAGCUGUCGCAGGAGGAACUACAAGCACUAGCCAAAGAAGUUGAUCCAGAUGACAAUUUCUUACCCCCGUCGCAACGUAACAACUAUGACUGCGAGAAGGACCCCACAGGCCCCCUGAACCGCAAGAAGUUGAUCGAGCACAUCAAUAAACAGGCCCUCGAGACCCCCGACCGGCCCGAGGUCAAACCCUUCGUGGCUGGUGUCAUUAGAGGGAAGAAGUGGAUCCCACCGCCGCCGGCGCAGAAGUUGACGGAGGCGGAGGAACAGAUCAGUAUCGACCUUGGCGAUGAGUAUGAGCAGGCGCUCACAGGGGCUUCGCAGGAGGAGAUCAUCGAUCUAGCCGCUAUCCUGGGCUUCCACUCGAUGAUGAACCAGGACCAGUACCACGCGUCGCUGCUCAACAAGGGGCAGCCCGUCGGCCUCGGCUGGGACGGCAUCACUAAGGCCACCAAACAAAAGGUAUUCCCAAUGGACCCGCCCAACGACACGGACCCCGACGACACGGUGAAACGGGUACAGGACAACGACCAGAAACUCACUGAUCUCAAUUGGAAUAAUAUUAAGAACAUAAGCGACGAAAAGUUCGAGAAGUUGUUCGAGGCGUUGAAAACCAACACGCACCUAGAAGUCCUGUGCCUAGUGAACGUGGGCCUCACAGACCGCAGUGCGGCGCUCCUGGCGACCGCACUCGAAGCCAACUCCACACUACGGGUGGUCAACGUUGAGACCAACUUCAUCAGUCCAGCUGGGGUCGUGCAGCUGGUCAAGGCACUGCUCGUCAUGAAGACUGUUGAAGAGUUCCGCGCUUCUAACCAGCGGUCACAAGUGCUGGGCAACAAGAUCGAGAUGGAGAUCACGUCGUUGGUGGAGCAGAACCCGACGCUGCUGCGGCUCGGGCUGCACCUCGAGUACUCGGACGCGCGCCACCGCGUCGCCAGCCACCUGCAGCGGAACAUCGACAGGAAUUGCCGCGUACAGAAGCGCGCGAGUGCCUCCCUCAGUCUUCGCUUGCCACGCGGCCGCCCGCCUCCAGUUGCGCUCGACAACUCCUUCUUCAACCUUACACCACCUAGCGCCGAAGCGAUCACUCCUACUAAAGAAGAGACGGUUGAAGCCACGCUGAAGAUUGAAUCACCCGCUCCCACGGGGCCGGUAGAAAGAGUCACACCAGUAGAAGAAGAAAAGCAGAAAGAGAAAGAGGGAGAGCGGUUCGUGAGGGGGUCUUUACCGGAUACAAGCAUCGAGCCGCAUUCCGGAGAGGGGAGCGUAGAACCUCAUGAUAAUUUGUAGAAACGGCCGCAUAAAUCGUACGCCAGCAGCGCCGCAGCAAGACCAGCGCUUAGAACCCUGAACGCAGCAUGCGGUGGGCGCGUGCGUCGCAUGACCCACUUCGCGCGCAGUCGCAGUUACGUGGUCGGCUACAUAUAGUCGCCGCCGGAUGACUACGACUAACCGUAGUCGAACUACAGCGUGACUACGACUUACCGUAGGCAGACUACGCGACUAUAAACUUGUUUGUAGUUGUAUUCUGCCGCUACCGCUAUAUUGGCUUAUAGGGUAUAGUUGUAGUACAACAGUGCACGGGAUCUAUAAAGGCCACAUCAAACCAAUUCAUCUGAAAAGCAAUAUUGCAAUUUGACUUUUGCGCAAAUAAAAGUAAGUGUGUAACAAAAAUUAAAUAACAAUAUUGUUUUUUUUUUUUUUUUUCAUUGAAUUGCUUCAUUGUGGCCUUUUGAACUUCCCAGAGGUUCUAUGGGUUUGAGACGCAACUUUAUGCCACGUUUCUGAAUCCAAUUGAAUCUCUUAAUAAUAUUGUAUAUGGAGUCCCAACUGUUCAGAGAUCUUAAAUUGUUUACCAAUAUAUUAUAUAUUAGCCACAUUAAAUAUAAUGAAUUGUAAUUUGUUUGCUAAAUUUUAAUGCCGCCUCGCCGGUGGUGUUACCUCGUCAUGUUGGUAUGCCUGUUACGACCAAAGGUUCGUCGUGGCGGUAUUGAUGGUUAUUACGAUAAACUUACGAUAGAAAAUACAAUGAAUAUUUUACUAAUUAGUUUAUUGAUUUUCUUUUACAUUUUUGUCCAGAUUUAAUUAACUUCCUAUCCUAUUCGGUAUGUAAGGGAAAAAAAGUUACGCUAAUUCUAAAACCAUUUCGAGAUUACGUUAUAAUUAGCUUUAUUUCUCUAUUUUUAGCUCUCAAAUGAGCCGGAUGGUUUUUAUUUUGGCAAUAAUUUUGUCUUUAUUUGACCUUCAUGUAACCUCUAAAGGUAGUCUGUUUACCCAAGUUGUCGUUGCCAAAUGCCGUUUAUAAUAAAUAAAAUAUAUAAUCUGUGCUCAUCACUAGGGUAAGGUGUCCUACGAGUGUGCGGUUAAUAAACAUAAUGAAAUAAAUUCAAUAAUCACCCCCCUCUCAUGUUUAUUAAAAGCAUAAACUACAGAUGUUAAUUAAAGGAAUGAAAAAUUAACAAAAUGUUAUUUGUAUCUAUCUUAUUGGGUCUGAGUACUGUUAAGGACCGCCCACAGUUUGGGCACAUCACCCUAACAAAAUGACAAUAUUAAAAUUUUAAUACAAACUAGGCAAAGGUAGAAACGUGAUUCAGCCUACUUUAGGGAGAUAUUUAAAAAUAAAUGUAAAAUAUUAACAACUGCAUGAAAAGCAAAAAUAUUCAAAUUAGUUUGUUUAUAAUAGAUUUAAAAUUAUACCUUACAUACCCAAUGAGGCCUUUAUUUGAUGAACAGAUGUGACUUUAUAAAUUGUAUACAACUAUUGUCUAUCAGCGCCGGUCGCGCCCGCACCUCGCUUGCUGGCUCCAACUCUGUCUAGGACUACUUUGUGGUUGAACAUUUUAGAAGUCUUCAAUCUUAACGCUUAAGGUUCCUAUUGAUUCAAGUUUCAACAAUCUUAUCUGUGUAUAAUUUAAGUUGCCAUUCGAGAAAGUACAUUGUUGAAAUAUUUAAUUUCCAACGCUCUUGAGACAUUUAUAAAAGUUACAAACACCAGAAAACUGCUUUUACAAUCACAAAGGACAUUCUAGACGGGGCCACGUAUGCUUGAAGCUGAUUGUGUCAACAAGAAUUGUAAUGUUUAUUGAUCAAUGAAAUCUUAUGCAAAAUACAUGUGGCUAGGUGGUGGCAGGACCAUCACUAGUCGUUAAAUUCUUUGCACAGGGCUGACUACUUAUAAAAAAAAAAUGGUUAAAAUGGUUUUAUAUGCUCAUACGACUCGUAUCUGUACAGCCUCGUCCUCACUAGGGGAUUUGUCUAUCGACGUUUCCCCGGAGACAUCGGGCGAUAUCGCCCCACAUCGCGCGACAUCUUAUCUUGCGACUAUGCCAUAGUUGGAGAAAAAAAUAGUCGUCUGGUAAAGUCUAGCGAUGACGUUCAGUAUGGCCUGAUGAGUUCGGGGGUUGCUCGGUCAAUGACCCAUAUAGAGACGAAGCUUUACUAUUUUCUUGUCAAUUUGAAAAAGAAAAUAAUAAAUCGUUAUUUUUAUCCGCCCCACACGUUUUAACUUGACACCGAUAAAAUCACAGUUCUUGUACGCGUGUGUAUGACUUUGUACGUUUUAAUAUUAAUAUUAUUCUAGUGUGCUAAUGAAUUCGUAUUAAUUCUUAUAAAUUGUAAUAUAUUUUAUAAACGUGCACAUUCCAUUCAUGCGAAACAUGCUUCUUUUUACUUGACGCGUUUUAAAACAUUUUAAGUCGAAUGAAGACUGUAACUUACAGUUAAUGUAACAAAUACCAAAGCGAUCACGUAGCGUUGUAAUAACCUUUUUUAAUGUUUUAUAGUGCAAACAUAUUGCAAGUGUUCAACUAAAAAAUAAGAAGUAAACCUCAUUAUUUAAUAAGCAAGUAAUGAAAUGUUCGACUGAUUUCGAAACUCAGAAAAGAAGCCAUGUUCCGCGUCAAUGGGGGUUAUGUUAACUUUAAUAUUAUAUUUCAACAAAGCACUAGGUUCCGUGCGCUAUUUAGAAUGUGCCUUCUGCAAAAGGAACUCUUACGUUAGUCCACAACGCUUUUAUCGGGAUAUUUUCAGAAGGCUGAUUUAAUAGGAUAGAAUAUUUCGACCUCCUGCUUUCUUGAAACAAUCAUGCUUAUCUUUAAAUGUAACUUUAUGUAUAUUUGAUAGUGAAUCUACUGGGGGAACUAAGUGUCCAUAACAUUGUGAUAAACAUCAUGUUUUUCCAUUUAAAAAAUACUGCUUGAUUUUUUCGUCUUUAGUUUCAUUUAAGAGAGAUUAUUUGUAUAUGAAUUUUAGAUUUUUAAAAGUGUAAUAUUCUUUUAUUGUGACGAUUUAUGAAAUUAUUAUUAAUAAUAUGAAAUGAUAAUUUUAUUGUAAUAAUAGAUUUAUUUAUGUUACGGUUCAGGAGCAUUUUGGUCCAACGAAAACCUUGACUAGUAGAGUCGCAGUUCUGUAGUUUGUGACAAAAUAUGUAAAAAAAUCAAUAAAGUACAUAAACGUCAA